UGCUUGGGAUUGGAUCUUUUCUAUGUGUGGUGUUUUACGGCGACCCGAGGGCUUACAUUAAAAAAUAUGGAAGAUUAUAUCGGUUACGCGAAGACAUUAAAAAACGACCCAUCAUAAUACACAGCACUAACGCUACGAACAACACAUUUUACUCUGACGAUGAAAUUCGAAAAAUGGAGGAAUGGAAGGAUGUGAAACCAUGUCCAGCUCACCCUUUGCUAGGGUCGAACAGAACUCACAUUUGGGUUGAAAGAGAUAAUUUUCCCUAUUACGAUUUAAGUUCCUCCUCGAGUAUUAUUUGCUGUUAUAAAUCUUUUUACCGCCCUAAAACGGUAGAUGACAUCUCGUCUUUCAAAAUAGAUAAUCGAGUCAAAUAUAACUCCUGUCGUAAUUUUUCUGAUUAUAUUCAAGUUGAAGAUGAAUUUGUCCGAGUGAACUGUAGUCACACUAUUCACGGAAACAAACUAUUCGAAUCUUUUUUUCUAUUUGCGCGUGAAAAGAAAAUUUCAGUCAAACCAAAGACAGAUUUACCGUAUAACAUAUUGAUUCUAGGAAUAGACUCGGUAUCUAGAUUGAAUUUCCAUAGGACUAUGCCCAAAACAGUUACAUUUUUGAACACGUUGGGUGCUAUAGAACUGUUAAGAUAUAAUAAAGUAGGUGACAACACAUUUCCCAAUCUAAUACCACUUUUGCUUGGUAAAAACGUAACAGAGCUGCAGGAAAUGUGUUGGCCCAACAAGAAGCUCACGUUUGACAACUGUCCUUUUAUAUGGGAGCGAUUCCAGCAGGCGGGCUUCGCCACAGCCUACGGAGAGGACCACUCGAAGAUCGGGACGUUCAACUAUAACAGGCGCGGCUUCGCGGGUUCUCCCACCGACUACUAUCUUCGCACCUUCAUGGUCGAAGCUGAAACCUUUGCCAGAACAAACAAUGGAGGAAACUUCACAUUAUGCUUGAAUAACAAAUAUAUCUUCAAAAUUCUUCUGGACUAUGUCGAAGAACUGACUUCAUUGUCCAAAAUAAAUUUAUUCGGAUUUUUUUGGGAAAACAUAAUGACCCAUGAUCAUUUACAUUAUCCGUCGGCGAUGGACGAUGAUUACACAGCGCUGUUUAAGAAGAUGCACAGCUCUGGUUAUUUAAAUAAAAGUAUUGUUUUCUUAAUGAGCGACCAUGGCAUGAGAUGGGGCAAAUUUCGGAAAACAAGGCAGGGAUUUUUGGAGGCGAGGUUACCCUUCGUAUUUGCAUUAAUGCCUCCGUCGUUUCGUAAAAACUUUAGUGAGGCUUAUAAAUAUCUGAAACAGAAUGUUCAUCGCCUAACUACACCAUUUGAUGUGCACGCCACUUUAUUAGACUUAAUUAAUCUGAAGACCAUUGAAAAUGCUAAGAUAAUGUCUCGAAUCAAUGAGGCGUAUUCUAGUCAACGAAGCAUUAGUUUAUUUUUACCAAUUCCGGAGAACAGAACAUGCGAAUCAGCAGCCAUAGAUGCCCACUGGUGCGUUGAUUACGGAAAUGUUAAAGUUGAUUCCAAUAGCCCUGAAGCAAGCGAAGCAGUAGAGUACGCAAUGUGGCAUUUAAAUGGUCUUCUUAAGGACUAUCCGCAGUGUGCUGAGCUCAUUCUUGACAAAGUCUUGCUUGUUACUCGACUGAUAUCCGAAAGUUCCAAAGAGAAAAUUAAGAAAUCAGUUGAGUUGAGUGUCGCGUUCAGUACGAAUCCCGGAGGAGGCGAGUUUGAAGCCACGCUGGGGAGACAAGGAGGUCCCGGCAGCCCCUGGCUUCUGUUAGGCUCCGUAAGCCGAGUAAACGUCUAUAGAAACCAAAGCAACUGCAUCAAAUACCAUGGAGACACUCAGUUAAUGCUUUACUGUUAUUGCAUUUAUUAA